UGCACGGCGGAGGCGGACAACAGGAGCCUCUCCAGAAACAGGAAGUGGCUUAAAGUCGGAGCAGACUUGAGCAGAAACGGACGAGUCUGAGUCGUGUGUUGUGAGUCUUUCUCACCGCAGCGUCUCUUUUUUCACAAUAGGGGAAACUUUAACGUCGACAACGACAGCGAACGCUUUUUAUAUCUGGAAGCUUCACGGAGAUAAAUGUUGAUGAGAGCGGAGAGCAGCGUGUAAUCACACAUUCAGGAUGGGGAACAGCAACAGUGACCGCUCCACCGGGAGUCAGAGUGAGAGGCCGUUCAGAGAUGGACAGCAAGGCGGCAAAGACGCACGUCCCAACAUCCUGCUGGACAGCACGGAGGACGCUGACCUGUUCCAGAGCUCAAAGGCUCCACAAGAGAUCCAGGAGUUUCUUGACUGGCAGCAGGACCUGGAGAGUGAAGGUAAAUGUCCAACGCUUGCCAGGCCCACUGUGUUCAGAUGGACCGGCGGCGCCAAAGAAGUCUUUGUGUCGGGCUCUUUCAACAACUGGGCCACCAAGAUCCCACUCAACAGAAGUCAGAAGAACUUUGUGGCAAUCGUGGACCUGCCAGAGGGAGAACACCAGUACAAGUUCUGUGUCGACGGUCAGUGGACUCUGGAUCCGACUGGAGCUGUGGUGACGGCUAAAACUGGAACAGUCAAUAACCUAAUCCAGGUGAAGAGGACUGACUUUGAAGUCUUUGAUGCCCUCAGGAUCGACUCACAGGACUCUGCUGCUGACAUCGCAGACUUGUCCAGUUCUCCUCCCGGCCCCUACCAUCAGGACGGAUACGUAGUCAAACCAGAAGACAAGCUCAAGCACCCUCCUAUCUUACCUCCCCACCUGCUGCAGGUGCUGCUUAACAAGGACACAAAGGUUUCUUGCGACCCGACGCUGCUUCCAGAGCCAAACCACGUGAUGCUCAAUCACCUGUACGCUCUCUCCAUCAAGGACGGUGUGAUGGUUCUCAGCGCGACACACCGAUACAAAAAGAAGUACGUGACCACGCUUCUGUACAAACCCAUCUGACCCCGCGGAGAACCCGGAUCCGCCUGCUUCCACACACACACACAGACACACAGCUGCUGCCUGGACCGUUUCACUGAAACUGCAACUAAAUAUCGUCCUGAUAUCACUUUAUCAGCAUUUCAUCUUGUAAUCUCUGAGAAUGUUUUUGCGUAAUGUUAAGUUGCGCCACACUUUGUAACCGCAACCUAAAAUGUUUAUUUACCGUUUGUGUCGAAACAGAAGAA